GACUUGACAGCGCUAAUAGAGAGGGCAGUUCUGCCGGAACUGUGCCGCUGCAUCGGCGCUCGUAUUUUCAACAUCGGGGUUCGGUCCAACAUGGCGGCUUACGGAUGGAAAUACUGAUGACAGUCCGAAAGAUCGCCUCGAUUUGUACGAUGGGCGCCAAUGCCUCUGCCUUGGAAAAGGAGAUUGGACCGGAACAGUUUCCUGUUAAUGAACACUACUUCGGAUUAGUUAAUUUUGGCAACACGUGCUACUGCAACUCGGUGCUGCAGGCUCUGUAUUUCUGUCGACCAUUCAGGGAGAAGGUGUUGGCAUACAAGGUGCAGCCGCGUCGUAAGGAGUCCCUCCUCACCUGUCUGGCUGACCUGUUCAACAGCAUCGCCACGCAGAAGAAGAAAGUUGGCGUCAUCCCUCCUAAGAAAUUCAUUUCGCGGCUGAGAAAAGAAAAUGAGCUGUUUGACAACUACAUGCAACAGGAUGCCCACGAGUUCCUUAACUACCUCCUCAACACCAUCGCAGACCUGCUCCAAGAGGAGAAGAGCCAAGAGCGACAGCAGAACGGAAAACUGGUGCAGAAUGGAGGAGGAGGAGGAAGUGAGGGGGGAGGAGGAGAAGGGGAAGGAGGAAAGGAGACGCAACAGACCUGGGUCCAUGAGAUCUUCCAGGGAACACUGACCAAUGAGACGCGCUGCCUCAACUGUGAAGCAGUGAGCAGUAAAGACGAGGACUUCUUGGAUCUGUCGGUGGACGUGGAGCAGAACACCUCCAUCACGCACUGCCUCAGGGGCUUCAGCAACACGGAGACAUUAUGUAGUGAAUACAAGUACUACUGUGAGCAGUGCCGCAGCAAACAGGAAGCCCAAAAAAGGAUGAGGGUAAAGAAGCUACCGAUGAUCCUUGCCCUCCACCUGAAGCGCUUUAAAUACAUGGACCAGCUGCACCGCUACACCAAACUGUCGUAUCGGGUCGUCUUCCCCCUGGAGCUCCGCCUCUUCAACACAUCUGGGGACGCCACCAACCCUGACCGCAUGUACGAUCUGGUGGCUGUCGUCGUGCACUGUGGCAGCGGCCCCAACCGCGGACACUACAUCACCAUCGUCAAGAGCCAUGGCUUCUGGCUGCUCUUCGAUGACGACAUUGUAGAGAAAAUUGACGCGCAGGCGAUCGAGGAGUUCUACGGCCUGACGUCGGACAUUUCCAAGAACUCUGAGUCAGGAUACAUCCUGUUCUACCAGUCCAGAGACUGAACCAGCCGGCGGUAAAUCCCCAACAGACUGUCACUCAACAGAGGUGGAGGGGCUUAUUGCUGCCACCGGCUCAGCCCAAUACGCUUACAUAAGUAUGCAGGCUUUAUUCCCUGUAGGCGGAGCUUUGCACUGGAGCGUUGCUCAGAUCAGUUGAGAUGUGCAGGUUACAUGCCAGCCUCCUGGAUUAUGGCCGUUCAAAUCCUCUGAGCCCACAUUGCAAAAAGCACCUUUAAAAACAAACAAACAAAAAAAAAAAAAAAAAAAUGUGGCAUCAGCUGGGAAGACCGAGUAGCACCAAUCCAUGAGGCUGACAUUACCGUAUGCACAGUGGGUCCGUUUUAGAGAUAAAAGCAGUUUGGGACUGUCGAAAUGAUGCAGUGUGACCAAUCAGCUUGUUCAGAUAAGAGACCUAAGCAACCAGAGGAUGUCGAUUGUCGUCGUCAUGGUCACCAUCAGCAGCAUCAGUCUUCUUUACAGUUUUUUUUUUUGUGUGUGUGUGCAUAUUAUACCGCACUAACUUGGCUUUCCACAGUGAACAUAAAGCUUUCCUUAGCCCAGUGCUGACAGACAGGCACCAUGUAUUCACCUACAGGUUAAUCUGACAGCAGUGUUACAAGUCUCUGUCCAAACAAAACCACCAACACUACCUUCUAUCAAAUAGCUUGAACAUGUACUUCGAACACAGGGCGGUGUUGCAGUUGCUAGUUUGCAGUGUUUGUAUCAUGAACUGGUGCUAAUGACAUAUACAGUGUUAUAGCAGCGUGAAAUGAAACCCAGCCACAGCCGACAAACCGUAUCCGACUUUGACAGAUCUUUAGGGCUCAUUGUCACUUUUCUUAAAAUAAGUAAAUUUCUUUGUUUUUCAAUAUUCAAAAUAAGUAAAAUUUUGUGGUGUAACCAUUUAAUUAUUUGUGUUCUAUUAGCAGUUCAUGACGUACUGUAAACUGCAGAAAACGUGACUUUUAGAAGAACACAAAUGUAAAGUCUUGGUAAAAAUGACUUUACCUAAAGAACAGGGUUUUUUAAUGGCAGGAAGCUGUAAAAACUGAAAAGGAAGCUCCUUCCAAUUCACCUAUUAGUUCAGAUUUUGCAAAGCUAGCUGGCUAAGCAGUGAAAGUGGCAGGUGAAAGUUUUAGUUUAAGUUAUUAGCGUCCUGCCAUUGCGGGUCAUGUUCUGCGAAGACAUGAGAACGAGAGUGGUCAGGUAUUUCAACAUCAUAUGCCAACUUUUUGGAAGCAGGCAGAUUUAACAGUUUGAAAUUUGCUUUAGAAAGUUUGUGUUGUUUUAACAUUUGACUUUUUUGUAAAAUUGCAGAAUAUGCACUUUUGUAUCAUUUUAAAGGGACACAGAGUUUUUCUUUGACGUCCAAACUGUCACACUACAUCAAACCUGCCUGAAUGCUAUGUUGUCCUUUAGUUCCUUAUCAAAGUUUUAUUUUUGGACAGCAGACCAACACCUCUGUACACACCUUGCUGCAGCUGUUUGAGUGCACCCUAUAGUAUAAGCUGUGCCUCUGGGAGCCAGUCAGACCUUUUACAUGCUUCUCUCUGCAGAAUCUUUAAAUGGGAGCCAACAGUUCGCUGAUGUGGAGCUUGUACUGUUGCUUGACAACAUGGUAUAUUUAAUGAAGUAUCUCUUGUUUCAGUCUGUUUUAGCAGUUUAAAAUGGCUUCCCCUCCUCAGUGUCUCAAUCUAAAAGGUUACAAAUUGUGAUAUAAUGUUGAUUCAUCCUGAUAGUGGAAAUAAAGGGUCAUGUCACUAAUUGAUAGGAGCCGCUUUAAGAAUGAGGUUCUCUUCUUAAAAAUCUGGCAUUAAAUUACUGACGUGCUGAUAAUAUAUUUUAAUGGUAAUGUUUUUGCAUCAGGUAUAAGCGCUAAAGCAAAAAUAAUUUGGUCGAUUUAACAGAAAACUAAGUUUAAUCAUUCGGUAGUUUCAAGUAAGAUUAAGUAUCUAAUAAUAAUGCAUCACAUUUGUGAAAGAUUACUGCAUACCUCUAUCAUAAACCCCAUCCUAUUUGGGUGUUUUAACUGUUCAACUUGCAAGUGGUAUUUGUCCUUAUUUUCUGAUAUUAGACUAAAUUAUCAAACUGACUGCAAAAGGAUCAGUAUUCUAUAUGGUUAUUAUGCAUGGUGAGCAUUGAGGGAGAUGUCGUGCUUUACAAAGACAUCCCAUAUACAUUGUCUAUUUUUGUAUUUUAUUUGCCUCAACACCUAGACAUGGCUUGUUUUGUCUGGAACCAUAAUGUCUGGCCUUCUUGCUGGAUAAGUGAGUUAAAUGAUUAUCCAAUUAAAAUAGUAGCUGAAUAAUUUUCUGUCAGUCGACCAAUUAGCGCUUGGAGUUGAAUUUUUUUUUUUUUUUUUAUAAAUGAAUAGUUCCUGCUCUAUUGUCUCAAGGAAGUGUUUUGCACAGGGUGGUAUUCAUGCUUUCAAACAGGUUUAUUUGUGCCGAGAUGAGGAGAGACAGGAGCCAUUUUAAAGCCUUUACUCUUUCACCCUAACUUAAGCCUACUGACCUGUAGUAACCUCCUUUUUUGGUCAAACGCACAAAGAAUCUGGGUGUCUUUUCAAGCACGUUUCACACCGCAAAGCUCACGAGGCGCCACCUGACUGGCCUGUCUCCGAUCAACAAAUUAGCUCACUCCUUGGUACCAGGGCGGCAGCAGAUGGAAAGUGAAUGGAAACGCGCUGUAGCCAUUAAAGUGUUUAUAUUCUACUGUCGUUGAGUGGCCUGGGCAACGGGUCAGGUAUUAUCCAACUGUCAAAAUGUAGAGGAAAAUAAAAAUAUGGUUUCUGCUUGACCUGUAAAAUGUAAAUUGGAUUUGGACGCAUCUCAACACUGUGAAGCCACUCGUUUUCUUUCUAAGACUAGAAAAGUACUUCUGGCAUCGGUUUUACACAACAUACUAUAUCCUAACGCACAGAGGAUCAGGUGGAUCCCUGAUCCACCUUCUGGGCGCAUAUGGCAGUGUUUGCUAACAGUUCUUUUUUUGUUUUUGUUUUUUGCAUUACCUAGCCUUGGUGCAGAACUGGCAUAGUAUGUAUGUUGCUCCACACCAUUCUUAAUAUUCAGCUGCCGACCGUUGUGC